AUGGAGAGAGAGAUGGAGAAAGAGCAGCGGAGGAGGAAGAUCAUCGCGCGGGGCACAGAUCGCAUGGCGCUGAUAACGGGUCGGAUCAACACACUGAAUCCGGAUCCGGUUUUAAAGUGCUCUACCUUCACCGCCAACCGCUCCGAUCUUCCACCGCCGCAGCAUUCCCGCUCAUCAUCCGAGCCUCUCUCCGCAAACGACCAAGCCUUCUUCCAAUCUGGUGGAUGCGAGGUUCCUGCUGUAAAAGUCAAUCCUGUUGAGGAAGCAUCAUCUACAGGGAAGGAUUCGAUAAGCAGAGAUUUGGACGUGCGUAAACGCGAUCAGAAAGAGUUAACAUCGAAAAAUGUACAAUUACCUCACAAUCACUUGCUGAAUCUUCUCCGUCUAAUCAAUGCACAUGCGGUGAAUUCUAGCCUCUCUUCCUCGGAGGAUACACGAGCAAUCUGUUCCGCACUGCUAGGCCUUGCCGUGGUUGUGCUCCAAAUCAUUCAUCACUACGCGGUAGUUAAGCCCGAGAGCCUUGUCAUGUUUAGCCCUCUUUUGGUGGUGGCACUGACUGACUUUGUUAUAGUCGUGGUGAGUCAGGCACGAUCGAACAAGGAGGAAGAGGGUAAGUACGAAGAUGAGGACGAUGGUAGCUUGGACGGAGCUGUAAAGCUGCUGGAAUUGGGGUUGGUUUUGCACCAGAUGAUCUGUGCGAUCUUCGUAGACUGCAGUUUCUACUUGGUGGUCGUCAUACUUGGCCUUUCUCUGGUGUAA